AGGACCUCGUCCACAAUUUAUCUACUCCGGAGGUUUGUGGAUCCGUUAACUCAGAAGUGAACUGCAACUCUAGAGACGCGUUUUGCACAUUCGUGGGCUGAGAAUGGUGAUUUAAAUACAAACGUGAAUAGACUACGUCCAUUCAGAUGAGUUCCUUUUAACAAGAGCGGCGGAAUUUGUGCACACUACCUUGGUAGUAGAGAAGAGAAGAGAACGGAACGGAACGAGGCGCCCAAAAUGAAGCACAAAAAUCUGAUGGCGAAAGCGUUGUACGACAACAUGCCCGAGUCCCCGGAAGAGCUGGCCUUCCGGAAGGGUGACAUCCUGACGGUGAUCGAACAGAACACCGGCGGCCUGGAGGGCUGGUGGCUCUGCUCGCUGCACGGGCGCCAGGGCAUCGCCCCCGGCAACCGCCUCAAGCUCCUCAUCGGGCCCAUGUUCGAGAGCCAGAGUCCGUCGCCACUGCCGCAGUCUCCGGUGCAGAGCCCUGUAGUGGCAGCGGCCGGAUACGGGCCGAAGCCUCUGCCGUCCUCUCAUGGGCUGUACCAGGUGCCUGCUGCCCACCAGGGUGCCCACCUGCAGGGCAUCUACCAGGUGCCACCUGCCCAGGAUGUGUACCAGGUCCCCCAGAGGAGUGCCUUGGCUGUGGAUGGUGCACCAGCUAAGGUGGUGACCCCGACCCGUGUGGGGAAUUCCUACACCUACAGCAGGCCCACACAACAGCCGCAGCAGGACGUCUAUGAUGUGCCUCCCAUGAGGCAACAGGGGGUGUAUGAUGUUCCCCAAGGCAGACAGGUGGGGAAAUCUCACGGCCAGGGUGUGUACGACAUCCCUCCCCCCUCACAGUCCGACCUCAGGCACCAAGGGGUGUACGACGUGCCCCCCACAUCUCAAGGGCUCUACUCGGUGCCUCCCUGUCGCAACAACCCGGUGCAGGAGGAGGGCAACUACGACUUCCCCCAGCCACACAAGCCGAAGCAGGAGGGCAUCUACGACAUCCCCCCACCCUCCACGCACUCAAAAGCUACGCAGUUCCCCCAGUCGGGCUCCGACACAGCUUCUCAUCGUCGGGUCAACGCGGGCGACAGCAACGCCAUUUAUGACGUCCCCCCCAGCCAGCUGACGGCGGCGGCUGGGGCAGGGGCACAGAGGGACUUGUACGACAUCCCCCGCGGGAUGCAGACGCCCCCUCCGCGGAGGUUGGCGUCGGGCGAGCGCGAGCGGGCGAACCAGGGCAUCUACGACGUGCCUCAGGCCCAGGAGGCGACGCCGACGGCACCGCGGGGACUUUUGGGAGAUGUGACGGACGGCGUGAACCGCCUGUCCGUCUCCAGCACGGGCAGCGCGCGCAGCAGCAUGUCCACCUCGUCCUCGUCGGCCGGCUCGCCCUCCGAGCCACGCCUGGCGCUGGACCUGGACUCGGCCGUUCAGAGACUGGGUCAGCUGCAGCAGGCGGUGGAGUCCUCUAGCGCCGCCCUGCUGGCUCUGGCCUCCUCACCCCACUGGCGGACGUUCGCCUUCAUGGAGCGGCACGCCAACGAGGCCCGCGCGGCUCUGGAGUGCGUGCCCGCCACUCUCGCCGACUUCCUGGCGUUCGGCCGCGGCGCGGCCAGCAACGCCACGGCGCUCUCGGACCCAAGCCUCCACAGCAAGCUGCGGCGACAGCUGCAGCGGCUGGAGGACUCGCAGGUCAUCCUGCAGCAGACGCAACAGGCGCUGGAAUCGUCCGGCUGGGCCGUCCACGUGCUUGCCGGCAGCGCCAAGCACCAAGGCAAGAGCGACGACCUGGACCGCUUCGUCAUGGUUUCGCGCACCGUGCCCGACGACACCAAACAGCUGGCGUCCACGGUCAGCGCCAACGCUGAGCUGCUCUUCCGCAGGUCGCCCGCGGCUGUGGAGGGCACCUACUACAGGGGUAUGGGCGAGGAGAGCGUGGGCAUCGUCCACCCCCUCACACACAACCACACGGACGACAACUACAACGAGCAGACCAAGCCCUUUCCUGUGCCCCAGAGCCUAAACCAGGACAAGGCCAACAUGAACAACAGCGAGAAAUGUGUCAAGAGCUGGAUGGAGGACUACGAUUACGUCCAUUUGCAAGGCAAAGAUGAGUUUGAGAGACAACAGAAGGAACUCCUGGACAAAGAGAACAUCACCAAACAGAAGGUCCAGCUGGAGCAGGAACAGCUCAACAAACUCAAACAGCUAGAACAGGAAGUGAUCAAACCAGUGGAGAAUGACAUCACUCGGUGGAUCUCCCACCAGCAUUCCGCUGGCUCCUCCUCCACCCCAUCAGACUCCUCCUCUUCCACCUCCUCUUGUUCCUCCUCAAUGGGAAGCGGGACCCAGGUGUGUGGGCGCGACCGGCAGCUCCUGGGCUUCUAUGCGGAGCAGUGCGAGCAGCACUUUGUGACGCUACUGAACGCCAUCGACGCCUUCUUCGGCUGCGUGGCCGCCGGUCAGCCUCCGCGCAUCUUCGUCGCGCACAGCAAGUUCGUCAUCCUCAGCGCGCACAAGCUCGUCUUCAUCGGCGACACGCUCUCGAGGCAGGCCGGCACACCCGACGUGGCCAACCGCGUCAUGAACUCGAGCAAUGUGCUCUGCGAACUGCUCAAGACGGUGGUGGCCGCCACCAAGAUGGCCGCCCUCAACUACCCCAGCACGCCAGCCGUGCAGGAGAUGGUGGACCGCGUGGCCGAACUCUCGCAUGAGGCCCAGAAGUUCAAGACGCAACUGCACCAGAUGGCUGCUUUGUAACAAGCCCCUGCACUGUCCUGCAGAAGUGGACUUCCAGGUGUCAGAAAGUAAAAGCCCUAUGUAUUCAUGGGUUUCAUCAGGUCCCUUGCCACGGGUGUAUAAAAUCAAGCACCAUGCUGUCUGCAUUCAUAAACUACGUGCUUGAUUUUAUACACCUCGGGCAAGGGACCUGAUGAAAGCCAUGAAUAGGUUCUACCUGGGCACUUAACACAGGUGAUUUCACUAAUUAGCUCCUCUACCUGGCUAAGGGGUUCUGGUAAUUAGAAUCAGCUUGUUUAGUGAAUUGUUGGAACAAAUGUGGUCGGACUUUAGCUUUCUGGAGCCGGGAUACUCACCUCUAAUGUCCUGCACCAACAACAGAUGUAUAUAUAUAUAUAUCUAUUAUUAUGUUACAAUAUGUUGAACAUCAUCAAAAAGCUCUGUACAUAGCAGUUUCCCUUUCUUUUAUGUAAAUUAUUGUCCAUAUUUUUAUGUGUAGAUUGUUUUAUAUUAUUAUGACAUAAAUAUAUGAGUAUAAAAUUGUAUUUUGCUUUUGUAGAGUGACUUGAACACAGAUUCUGUAACAUUCCUGGUUGGUAUCAAGCACCUUAUGAGAUGGACUCUAUUUCAUUGCCAUCGGUAGACAAGAGACAUGCUUCUCUGCUGGAGAUGACGGUAGUUCUUUGUAAUUCUUGUUGCAUCUGUCUCUGGCAAAAAGAGGUGGGCUUUAUAGCAAAGUAAAAGUCUCUUCCUCCA